AGACACUGUGUGUCCCCGGGUCUUGGUGAGAUGGUCAAGGAUGGACCUGUGAUGGAGACCAGCGUGCGGCCAUGUCCACGCGUGAAGGAGGCGCUUGGGUUGGGACGGAGGACAUCUUUGCCGUCCCCUCAGCCAAACCAUGAAAAGCAACCCUCUCCCCCCAGCCCCCAGCACCAACCUGGAGACCACCUUGGGCUGGAGCCCAGCACGGCCACCGCGUCUUGGCUGUCCAGCUUGGGACAGGAGGCAGGGAGUGCAGCUGGCCCUGCAGAGGCUCCCUGGUCCCAGGUCCGCUCCACCCUCUCGCACCCUGCUCCCACUGGACAAGUAGGCCACCGCCACGGGCCUUGCGUGGAGUCUAAUCGGCUUCAGGGAGAAGCAGACGUCAUCAGAGAAAGGCCCCUGUGCCCCUCACCCUAUUUCCUGAGCCCCCAACCCCACUGGGCUGGGAGCUCUGAUUUAAGCAAAUCAUUGGUGCCAGCUGAACAAAGGCACCAGGGGUCCGGGCCCCACCCUGCACCUUCGUCCUGCCCCCCCCACCCCCGGACUUGGGCCUUGAACACCACGGUGCUGUGCGUUUUGUGGGGUUUCUUCAGACACCAUCCAGCCCCAGCUCCAUGGAGACAGGCCGUCCCCUCAGAGAUGCCCCAGCCUCCGACAGGGCUGCCACGAGGGCAGAAUGUGGCCAGGGACUCCCAGCCCGUCGUAUGUCCCCUGCCUCCACUGACAACCUCCGAGAUACACAUGUCUAUUCCAGGUUUGUGUCCGCCACUGGAGGGGACCCCCUGCUGCUCAUGUGGAUGGCGGGUGGGGUGGGGGGCGCCGAGGGCCCCCACAGCCACGCACGGCCACACAAUGGCUCCCAUCCUGCUUCCUCAGCAAGAAGGAAGAUGCUGCUCUUCGGAUGGACGGACACUGCCCACCCUGUGCCCACCCUCUCCUCUCCCCCAGAGUGGGCAUCAGGACACCCUUCCCUCCGGCCCCGGGGCUCCACUCCCUGCCCCCCAGUCCUCUGCCUCUUCCAGGCUCGUGUUUGUCCCCUUCCCCAAGCCCCAAGCUGUCUCUCUCCCCCAAAUCUUUCCUCUUCUCCUCCCCUUGUCCCCACUGAACGCUCUCUGCCCUUCCCAGGCUCUCUCUCACGCAUGGUUCAGUUUCUGCUCCAGCCUCCUGGCAACCUCCUCUCCCCAGAGGUGCUCUGGGCCACCCUGAAACCCCCACCCACUUCCUGCUCUGCUUCUCCCAGAGCAGCAGGAGGGCAGCAGGCAAGAAAGAUGCAGUGAGACUCUGGGUCGUGAUGGUGGUGGCCUGGGGGCCCUGGGGGUC